CUCUCGCAACUUAUCAUUCUGUUUUUAAAUCAUUUUAAAUUGCUAGAAUAUUAAGAGUCGGCAUUUGAUUGUUGAAGCAGAUUGAUCAAACCUUAAAAUACAAAAUGUCAAAGCCGGUUUUCUAUUAUCAUCCAUUGAGUCCACCAGCUCGAUCUGUUGUUAUGGUGGCUCGUGAAAACAACAUAGACAUAGAUUUGAAAGUAAUUGAUUUUGUUAAUGGCGAACAUACAUCAGAAUACUUCACAAAGAUUAAUCCAGCACAAACAAUUCCCGCUUUGGUUGAUGGUGAUGUCAUGAUUUGUGACAGUCAAGCUAUAUGUCUUUAUUUGAUUGAGAAGUUUGCCAAGAAUGACUAUUUGUAUCCAAAGAAUAAUUUCUUACUUCGAUCUGUUAUCAAUGAAAGACUUUUCUUCAAUGCAAGUUUCCUUUUUCCACGUGGAUACAAUAUCUUUUAUCCAGUUAUCAUGCAAGGUAAAUCUGAUGUUCCAAAAGAAAGAAUCGAUCAAGUUCAUCGAGGAUAUCGCAUUCUUGAAACCUAUUUAACCAAAUCAAAAUGGGUAGCAUCUAAUGAACAAAUGACUGUCGCAGAUCUUGCAAUUUUUGCAUGGAUGGAAUCAAUGGUUCAGUGCUUUUCUACAGAACAGUAUCCAAAUAUUAACAUUUGGAUGACUGAAAUGAGAAAGCUAUCGUACUAUGAAGAUGCUAAUAAGAAAGGAGCUGAUCAGCAUAUUCAAAUAUUUAAGAAUGCAUUGGAAAAGAAUAAAAAGUAAAGUUUGUGCUUGAUUAUUUGAGGAUU